UUUUUUACCGCCCUCAUUCAUUCAUUCAUGACCCCGAAUCGAUGACGUAGGAGAUUCCUCCGUGCCCACUGCCGUAGGCAAUACCGGGUUUUAUGAGUAUAAAUGGGACACAGGUACCCAACAACGGGCACACUCUCAGUCGCUCCGACUCGGGAACCAGGGCAUCAGCGGAGAUAGCAGGCUUUACUUUGGCUCUUAGGCUAACUCGCUUUGGGCUUUGGUUCAGGAUGGACACCUCUUCGAUUACUCGGAGCCGACGAUCCUCUAUCAUGCGAAACUGCAAAAGCGGUCUCUCCCUCUGGCUGGUGGUGUGGCUGGUCCUCGGCAAGCCAAGUCCGGCAUCGGCGUGCCCGCAUCUGUGCGUGUGCUACCCGACGCCCGUGACCGUGAGCUGCCAGGCGCAGAACUUCACCACCGUCCCAGUCGGAGUGCCCUAUGAGUCGCAGCGCGUAUUCCUCCAGAACAACCGGAUCACUGAGCUUAGAGUCGGUUCUUUUGGCUUCGGGACUCAGGUCCUGUGGCUGUUCUCCAACAACAUCACGUGGAUUGAGGCAGGGGCAUUUAGUGAGCUGAGGGACUUGGAGGAGUUGGACUUGGGGCACAAUCCCAGCCUCCACAGGCUGGAGGGGGGAGCCUUCCGUGGACUAGAGAAGCUCCAGAGCCUCCACAUGCAUCGGUGCCGACUUAAUGCCCUGCCCCAUGACAUCUUCCAUAAUCUUUACAGCCUGCAGUUCCUCUACCUACAGGAGAAUAAUCUUCACUUCCUCCAGGACGACAUCUUCUCCGACCUUAUCAACCUGAGCCAGCUUGUUCUGCAUGGCAACCGUAUCCGCACCCUGUCAGAAAACGUAUUCCGUGGACUGGUCAACCUGGACCGCCUUUUUCUUCACGACAACCGCAUCAGGCAGGUGAACCGCCGCGCCUUUCGCGACCUUGGUCGCCUGACCAUGCUGUUCCUCUUCAAUAACUCCCUGGCUGAGCUGCCGAGCCAGACCUUGAGAGACACUCAGGGCAUUGAGUUCCUCCGCCUGAACGGCAACCCCUGGUCCUGCGGCUGCGAGGCCCGCGCCCUGUGGGAGUGGUUCCGUGAGGCCCGUGUCUCUUCGUCCGAGAUGAUCUGCGCCUCUCCUUCCAACCGCCGCAGCCAGGACCUCCGCUUCCUGCGGGAGAUGGAUUUCGCCCUUUGCCCCCUGCCAGACCCCGGCUCCAUCGCUGGCUCCACCACCACCACCUUCAGCACCAAAACCCGCUGGUGGUUCCACAAGAACAAGCCCCAGUCAUCAACAAAAGGUCUCUUUGAAAAAUCCUCCGAGACCGUCAAAGCUGGUUUGUACGGGAAAAGGCCCAUCCCAAAACCACCUCGGUAGAAAAAGUAUGAGCUGGGGGAGGAAGAGCUGGCGCUGCCCAAACUCGACGCAGAAGAGUACUGGGAAAACUACGGCAAUGAGGACUCAGGUGUCACCCUGCGAUGUGUCGAGCUUGAGUGCCCACCUGAGUUCGACCUGCCUCCAUCUUCCUCCUCUCCCUCGUCCUCCUCCUCGCCGUCUUUCCUCACACUACUGGCCCCCUCUGUUUUCUGCCUCUGCCAGAACCUCCACCUGUUGUUUGGUUGAAUUUAACUGUUAGUACAACUCCUCUUGCAGCCUGUUUUAAAGGCUGCGAGGACACCUGUUUGACUCUUAAGCCCCCUUUGCCCGCUUUGCUGUAAGCCAAUUCUUAAGGCACAGCGAGGGAGAUGGGGGGACGGUAAGAUUCUGAAUCUACCACCUAGAGGGUGUAACACCUUUCAGGGCUGGUAAGAUUUUUUUCAGCUAAGCUCAUAUACAUCUACAGUACUCUACAGGUAUGGCUUUCUGUGUCUCACCUGUAUGGUGUCACGUUAUGAUUCCCUGCAAUCAGGGCUAUGAGGGCGGAGUCCAUCACUAGUUUCAGUGCAGUUUGAUAGCAGUUGUGAAUGACGUUGUGAAUUUUGUCACUUCAACUUAGUUCUAAGUACUAUUGCUAUUAUUGCAUCAAAUUAACUGGCUGCUAAUUCAAUUACUGUUAGAAUCAGAGCACAGUAAUGAGAAUACUGUAACCACUUAAAGUGUCAUGUAAAAUGUUCUUUUGUAUCGGUGGUUCACUACAAUCACUUCCAUCUUCACACAUCUUCUACAGGACAGAGCACAGUGAGAUGAGACAGAAGAGAAGCCAAUAUGCUGUGAUAGUGGGAGGGAGAGGAAAAAGAGGACUGCAGGAGAGACGUCAGCAAAUAUAGGUAGAGGGAAAGGAAAGGGAAGGGUUAUUCCAAGAACUAGCAAUAGAAAGAGGAAGAGACAGAAGGAGAGAGAGGAGGGGGGGGGGGGGAAGUGUUCAUGCAGCAAUAAGAAGAGAGGCAGUUGAAAUACAGCACGAGGCUGAGAGGACAGUGCUGGCACUUGAAGCAGCAAUUUGCAGGAGAUAAGUAAUAAAUCCACUCAUCUGCGGGUUGUGACAUCCAACCACCUCACACCACAGCACCAUUCUUUGUAAACGUGGUUUUGUUCGAGGCAACCACGGGGAAAGAAUGCUUCCGAUCAGGAAGUCAGUGAUUGCUUUUUUGGGAUGUCUUUUUGUGACAUUUUGAUAUGCUACUGUGUAAAGAUUGUUGACUUGGAUGCAGAUGAUGAUCUUGAUAAAAAAUUAUACACAACA